AGAUUUGCAGUGGGUAACGGAAAUGCAAACGGUAACGGAAAUGUAGGAAGUGGCAAUGGUAAUAUCAACGGUAAUUACAAUAGUGGUUCUUAUAACGGCAACGCUAACGGAAACAGUAACUGGGGUGAUGCCAACGGUAAUGCGAACGGUAACGCAAAUAAUGGUGACUCUAAUGGCAACGUUAACGGAAAUAAUAACUGGGGCAGUGCCAAUGGCAACGCAAACGGAAAUGUCAAUAAUGGCAGCAAUAAUGGCAACGUUAACGGAAACAAUAACUGGGGCAGUGGCAAUGGCAAUGUCAACGGCAACCUUAACAACGGAUCAUCAAAUGGUAAUGUAAACGGCAACAGCAAUAUUGGUUAUGCUAAUGGAAACGCUAAUGGAAACGCAAAUACUGGCAAUGCCAAUGGCAAUGCCAAUGGAAAUGCAAAUUUCGGUGCAUACAACGGCAAUGCCAAUGGAAAUGUUAACUACGGUGAUGCCAAUGGAAAUGCUAAUGGAAACUAUAACAGUUAA